UCUAAUAUAAUCUUUGAUAUAUACAUUUCCAUUAAUGGCUUCGAUCUCAUUCUUUCUUCAAUCCCAAGUCCUUUUCAAGAAUCCUCAUUUGGCAUCCUUGACAAGUUCAUCCCCAGGACGCCAUUUCUCGCCACUUCCCCCGACAAAUACACUUUUUUUUCAAAAGAAAUCGGGUAGUUUGGUGAUUUUUUCAUCCGCACAUGUGGAGGGGCCGACGAAGAGGGCCCCCGAUGGAGCUAAGGGGUUGGUAGAUGAACUACGAUUCGCGACAAUGAAUCUCCACACAUGGGAUCAAGCCAAGCACGGGAAAAUGCCCCCUCGAGGCCCCCCUGUCGCAGAAUGGGAGACCUCCACGGAAGGGUGUUUAAAGUUCUUGGUGGAUAGUAAGCUCGUAUACGACGCCCUUGAAAGGAUCGUCGAGAAAGCCGCGUUCCCGGAAUACAUGGAAUUGAGGAAUACCGGGUUAGAACGGUCUGAGAGACUCGCGAAAGACUUAGAAUGGUUAAAGCAACAAGGGCAUGAAAUUCCGAAGCCAACAUUUUGCGGUGUUGGUUUUGCCGAAUACUUGGAGGAUAUUUCAGAGAGAGAUCUUCCUGCAUUUAUUUGCCAUUACUACAAUAUAUACUUCGGCCAGACUGCAGGCGGCCGGAUGGUGAUAUCAAAAAAAAUAGCCGAGGCUUGCGAUGGAAAGGAACUCGAGUUCUACAAAUGGGACGGGAACCUUUCUCAAAUAUUACAAAAUGUUCGAGACAAGAUAAACAAAAUUGCCGAGGGAUGGAGCAAAGAAGAGAAGGAUCGAUGCCUCAAUGAAACUGAGAAGCCACUUAAGUUUGGAAGGGAUAUUAUUGGUUUGAUCAAAUUGUAAGGGUGAAUUAAUUAUAUACAUUAUUGGACCCCUAUUUCAAUUUAUAUACUCCCUUCGUCUCGUAACUAAAUAUUCAUUUGCUUUUUUCACAUAGUUUUAGAAAUAUUAGUAUUAUAUUGGUAUAUAGUAGGAAUAAAGUAGAAAUGACUAGAAUAACAUUAUUAGUACGUGUGAUAUAAAGAUAAUGACAUUUGUGUAAUAUAUUGUAAGUUGUAAGGUUAUUUGUAAUGUUAGGUAGAUAGUACAGUUACUAAAAAAAGAAAUGGAUACUUUGUUAUGGGACGGACUAAAAUAGAAAAAUGGAUAUUUUGUUAUGGGAUGAAAGAAGUAUAUUAAAUAAGU